ACGGUUGCAACAGUUGCAACAACUGUAACAAUUGCAACAGUUGCAACAACUGUAACAAUUGCAACAGCUGCAGCAGCAUCCUCAUCAUGCCUGCGGGCAAGACUUUCCGCCGUCGCCGGGCCGCCUCGGACUCGGAGGACGACGAGCAGGGCACGGAGGCGGUCCGAUUGAAAUUGGAAGAAGCCAAAGAAGUUCAGAGCCUGAGAAGAAGGCCCAAUGGGGUCAGCGCUGCAGCCUUGCUGGUUGGUGAGAAAGUCCAAGAAGAAACGACACUCGUGGAUGAUCCAUUUAAGAUCAAAACUGGUGGAAUGGUGGACAUGAAGAAGCUGAAGGAGAGAAGCAAGGACCGGAUUAAUGAAGAGGAAGACCUCAACCUAGGAACGUCCUUUUCUGCAGAAACCAAUCGGAGGGAUGAAGACGCCGACAUGAUGAAGUACAUCGAAACGGAGCUGAAGAAAAGGAAAGGGAUUGUGGAGAACGAGGAGCAGAAGGUGAAGCUGAAGAAUGCAGAGGACUGCCUGUAUGAGCUCCCAGAGAACAUCCGCGUCUCGUCAGCCAAGAAGACCGAAGAGAUGCUUUCCAAUCAGAUGCUGAGCGGCAUCCCCGAGGUCGACCUGGGCAUCGACGCAAAAAUAAAAAAUAUCAUUUCGACGGAGGACGCCAAGGCCCGCCUGCUAGCCGAGCAGCAGAACAAGAAGAAAGACAGCGAGACGUCCUUCGUCCCGACCAACAUGGCCGUGAAUUACGUGCAGCAUAACCGAUUUUAUCACGAAGAGCUGAACGCGCCAGUGCGAAGGAACAAAGAGGAACCCAAAGCUCGACCCUUGCGGGUGGGAGAUACCGAGAAACCGGAGCCUGAGCGGUCUCCUCCAAACCGUAAGCGGCCACAUAAUGAGAAAGCAACCGACGACUAUCAUUAUGAGAAGUUCAAGAAGAUGAACAGAAGAUAUUGACAUCUUCUGGCUGAGAGAAGACGUACAGGACUCUUCUUUGCCAAGAGGUUUUAUUUUUCCGUCGAGCUCCAGAUGGAGUGUGAGUAUUAUAGAAAAUGGGGAUCAUUUUUUUUUUGAGGUACUUAUUAUCUGCGGGGUUUUCCAAGCAGCGGAUUUUUAACUUGGCAGUUUUCCGUCCCGGGGAAAAUUGAAUUACCCUUCCCAAUGAUUGAAAUUCCAGUGUAAAUAAAUGGGCAUUCGGUUGAUAUUUAUGCAUUA